AAAUAAUCAUCUGCUGUGAACUUUAAACACAUCGAUUCAUCGCAGCUUUUAUUGGUUUAGUUUAAGUUUAAUGUUAAAACUUAACACGCGGUUAAUUAACUUUUUAUUGUAAACAGUCCGUUAGCUUGUUAGCAUGUAGCUAAAGCUCCAAAGUUCUGGUYGUGUUUUGUUUUGGAUCCUGCUGUCGCUGGUUCCGGUGGGUCCUGAUGAGACUCGUGUCUGUGGAUCCUUCGGACCGGGGUUCUCAGAGAUGCAGGCUGGGUCCGGGUCUGAUGGCCGCGCUGGGUCUGAGACUGGGCUCCCCGGUUCUGGUCUCUGUCCCCGGGGGGAGCUGCCUCUGCACCGCCUGGCCCCGUUCGGACCUGACGGAGGACUUCCUGCAGAUGGACCUGAAGUGUUUCAGCCCUGGUCUGAUCUCUCAGGUCCCCUCACAGCUSAUCCUGGACCCGAGUCAGCUGAGACCCGUACCCUGCCCCAAACUGAAGUCUGUCACAGUAACCGUGGUGGUCCAGAGUCCGGAUUUCAGGAGAACUUCAGGUGGGCUUGUCCAUGAGCUGGUGAAGGACCUGCUGCAGGGUCUUUCUGUCCACCAGGACUUCGUGGUAGACCUGGAGGACCAUGGUACACCUGUUAGAUAUGUUGUCGUGGACCACAUCAGUCCGGACUCUGGUGGUUCUGGUUCAAUCACUUCAAACACUGCUGUGGAGGUCUCUGGGGUCCAGACAGUCCAGCAUUAUAAGAGUCAGCUCCAGGACCAGCAGACCCCCCCACUGGGAGGACUGGAGGAGGUGACCUCGUCCCUCAGAGAGACGCUGCAGCUGCCUCUGCUCUACCCCCACACCCUGAGGUCUCUGGGGGUCUCCUGUCCCAGAGGGGUGCUCCUGAUCGGGCCUCCGGGAGUCGGGAAGACCCUGUUGGUCCAUAAGGUGGUCCAGGAGGUGGGAGCCAGCCUGCUGGUGGUCCGAGGACCAGAGGUGGUGGGGUCUCGGCCCGGUGAGAGCGAGGAGGCUCUGCGGCUCGUGUUUGAGCGCGCUCAGUCGGCAGCAGAAGAAGGUCCCUGCGUUCUCUUCCUGGACGAGCUGGACUCUCUGUUCCCGAGGAGAACUGGGUCGUCGGCACCGGAGAACCGACUGGUGGCUCAGCUGCUGACGCUGAUGGACGGGAUGGACCGGUCCGAUGGGUUCCUGGUCGUCGGAGCCACUAACAGAGCGGACAGCUUGGACCCGGCUCUGCGCAGACCUGGAAGGUUUGACCAAGAGGUGAUCAUCGGAGCUCCCACUCUGCWGCAGAGGAUGUCCAUCCUGUCGGUUCUGUGUCAGAAGAUGCCGGUGUGUCCGGGUCUGGACCUGGCAGAACUCUCUCAGAUCACAGCGGGGUACGUGGGGGCGGAUCUGAGCGCUCUGUGCAGGGAAGCUGCCAUGAAGGCUCUGAGGGACUCUGUGAAGGGCUCAGGAGACCAGCAGGUGGGUCUGAAGCACUUCCUGGAGGCUGUGAAGUUGGUGGGUCCGUCCUGCCUGAGGAGCAGUCUGGGCAGGACUGAGGUGGUCCCGCUGCGCUGGGACCAGAUCGGAGGUCUGGAGGAAGUCAAAGUCAAACUGAGACAGAGCAUCGAGUGGCCUCUCAGGCACCCCGAGGCGUUGGUGCGUCUGGGCCUGAGCCGGCCUCGUGGCGUCCUGCUGUACGGACCCCCGGGCUGCGCUAAGACCAGUCUGGUCCGAGCUGCUGCUGCGACGUCGUGCUGCAGCUUCCUGUCCGUCAGCGGCRCCGAGCUCUACUCGCCGUACGUCGGAGACUCGGAGAAAGCUUUGUCUCAGCUGUUCCUGCAGGCCCGGGCCUGCGCUCCCUGCAUCCUGUUCCUGGACGAGGUCGACUCUCUGAUUGGCUCGCGGUCCGAGGGGCAGAACUCUGCAGGUGUUCAGACCCGCCUGCUGUCGGUGCUGCUCAACGAGAUGGACGGGAUCGGCCUGAGGAGCCUGGAGAGGAGAGGAACAGAGAAGAUCCUGCAGGCGGAGGGAGGGGCGGAGCCUGACAGGCAGGAGGAGUCGGACCUUCAGGAGGUCUGCAACAAGGAGGUGAUGGUCGUUGCUGCCACCAACAGACCCGAGUGUCUGGACAGCGCCCUCCUCAGGCCGGGCCGGCUGGACCACAUCAUCUACGUCCCCCCACCUGACCAACAGGCCCGGCUCUCCGUGCUGCAGGUGUGCACCUCCUCCAUGCCCGUGGACUCUGACGUGUGUCUGGAGGAGCUGGCUGCAUCGACUCAGCUGUUCUCUGGAGCCGACCUGGAGAACCUYUGCAAAGAGGCUGCUCUUCUGGCGCUGCUGGAGGAGAACAUGGAGGCUUCCACCAUCAAACGCUCCCAUUUCCUUCAUUGUCUCAGUAAACUGAGGCCUUCUCUCAGCGCUCAGCAGAUCAAAGCUUAUCUGACUCCGCCCACGUGAUUUAUCUGACUCCGCCCACGUGACUCACCCUGCUGUCUUCAUGUGUUCACACAGAUAACAGAUUCUAAUAAAAUCAGUCCCACUCCA